UCUAUCAGCGUGUGUUUGAGGGGUCGGGCGGCUGGUGAGGAAUAGUAGCCGGGCGGUUGCACAUUUCAGACGGAAUUUGAGAAAGACACACCGCCGAAAAAUUGCACCAGAGGCUGAAGAAACCACCCCCGGUGACGACUUCUGUGAAAUAUCUCAAUGCAGCGUCUGCGCCACACGUCCAACUAACAGAACGCAAACCGGCUACCAGACACUAGCCAAGCUAGCUUCAUCCCUGAAAACUGACGGCGUCUGGCUUGUGAUAGCUAGCCUCCCAGCUAAUUAUCCAGCAGCUAACAUCAUUUAGCGUGCUUCUUCUCGCGCAAGUCGAAACUACAGCAGCCGCUCGCGUUGGAGCCGUUUAGCUCGCGAGCUCUGAAUCUCACAUUUGGACAAAAACAAAUAACGGUCCCCCCUCCGCACACUCCUUCCUAAACUAAACUGCCUGCCAGGGGGGACAGCAUCUGCGUUGCCUUGCUUGUUGUGACACCCAUCACACCCAUCUCCCCCAACCCCUUCACCUCUGCCCCCUCCACCUUUUUUUUUUCUCCUCCUCCACCCGAAACACUGGAAAUCCAGAGGCUGCCGGAGAGCGGCGAAGGGCCGGUGAAGCUGGGGGUGGGAACGGCUCCGGACUCGCAGGGAGUCGCAACGGUUACGGACGCCAAGCACAGCCGUGGGGAUCUAUCGAAAAGCAUGGACGGGCUGGCCGUGGAGGUUCGCGGCUCGAACGGGGCCUUCUACAAGGGUUUUAUCAAAGAUGUCCAUGAAGACUCACUCACUAUUGUAUUUGAAAACAACUGGCAGCCUGAGAGACAGCUGCCGUUCAGUGACGUGCGGCUGCCUCCUCCAGCCGACUACCAGAAAGACAUCGGCGAAGGCGAGGAGGUGGAGGUCUACUCCAGGGCCAACGAACAGGAGCCGUGCGGGUGGUGGUUAGCACGGGUCAGGAUGAUGAAGGGGGAGUUUUACGUAAUUGAAUACGCAGCUUGCGAUGCCACAUACAACGAGAUUGUCACAUCGGAGCGCAUCAGGCCUCUGAACCCCAACAGUCCCGCCUCUCGAAACACUUUCCACAAGAUCACCAUCCCUGUCCCGGAAGACCUGAGGGACAUAUGUGCAAGCGAUGACAUUCACAAAGACUUCAGAAAAGCUAUCGGAGCUAACUGCAUCUUCUACAGCGCUCAAACACAUGAGCUCAUUGUCCUGUCUACAAACGACACAACGGUAAAGCGUGCAACACUCCUGAGUGACAUGCAUUUCCGCAGCAUCCGCACCAAGCUCAUCCUAAUGUCCCGCAACGAAGAAGCCACCAAACAUUUGGAGACCAGUAAGCAGCUAGCAGCAGCGUACCAGGAAGAGGUCAGAGUCAGAGAGGACCUGAUGGGCCUCGCCAUCGGCUCCCACGGUGCCAACAUCCAGCAGGCCAGGAAGGUGCCUGGAGUGACGGCCAUCGAGCUGGAGGAGGAGAGCUGUACCUUCAGGAUCUACGGAGAGACUCCUGAGGCUGUGAAGCAGGCGAGAGAAUAUCUGGAGUUCAAAGAAGACUACUUCCAGGUUCCCCGGAACCUUGUAGGCAAAGUCAUCGGAAAGAAUGGCAAAGUCAUCCAGGAGAUAGUGGACAAGUCGGGCGUGGUCCGCGUCCGGAUCGAGGGAGACAACGACAAAAAGCUUCCCCGGGAGGAGGUAGGCAGGCAGGGGGCUGGCAGAGACGACACUGCCAGCAGCAAAGAGGGCAUGGUUCCCUUUGUGUUUGUUGGAACUAAGGAAAACAUCAGCAAUGCUCAGGCCUUGUUGGAGUACCAUGUGUCCUACCUGCAGGAGGUGGAGCAGCUGCGCCUCGAGCGCCUCCAGAUUGACGAGCAGCUCCGUCAGAUCGGAGUGGGAUACCGCGCGGCCCCCAGCCGGCCCGCUGGCCCCGCAGGGCCCGGUGGCGACCGGGAGAAAGGUUACAUGACGGACGAGAGCAGCAACUCUCUACACGCCUCGCGUACGUACGGCGGGCGUGGCCGAGGACGAAGAGCCUCCAACACCCAGUACUCUGGAUACGGCACAAACUCCGAACUGUCAAAUGCUUCCGAGUCGGAGGACGUCAACGACCGCGAACUGAGGCCCCGUGGCAUCGGUGGGGACGAGAGAGGCUCCAGGCGGGGAGGCAGGGGCCGAGGUGCAAACUCAGGACGGGGGCGCGGUGGCCCUGCAGCCAAGCCCUCCAACUCAAUUAGCUCAGUUCUGAGGGAUCCAGACAGCAACCCGUACGCUCUGCUGGAGGGAGAGGGCGAGCUCGCAGACGCCGACCUCAGUGAGGGCAUGGCAGGGGACCGCCACAGACGCUCCCGCCGGCGCCGUAACGACCAGGAGCCCAGCGUGAUGGACGCCGCCACAGAGUCGGACAAUCAGGCUGGCCCCAGUGAGAACGGACUAGACGAAGAAGCUCGACCUCAGCGUCGCAACCGAAGCCGCCGGCGCCGUAACCGUGGCAGCCGGCCAGAGGGAGGGUCGGCCAGUCGUGACAGACAGCCGGGAGAAAGUGUGACCGUAGCCGACUACAUAUCCCGUCCUGAGUCUCAGAGCCGACAGAACCUGCCUCAGAAGGAGAACCACUCUGGACCUGAACCCAAGGAGAACGGAACCAGUGCAAAGAAGGAGGAGCGAACGCCCUCGAAGCGUUCUCCUAGCAAAGAGACACCGACUUUGGUCAACGGGGUCUCAUAAGGAGACGAGCCCCCACUCCCUCGCGAACCCAAGUCUCAAGCAAGACUCCAUGGCAAACUGUGUCCCUGCUUGCAUUAACUUAAACCUUAAGAGAUGAAAAUUACCUGACAAAAUACCUGAGUUCAUACUAUGAGAUGGAAAAAGUAUAAAAAACAAAAAAAACAAAAAAAAGAAAACCGACAAACGCAUCUACUUAAAACCACAAGUUAACGGUGUAUGCUAUCCUAUCUAUCAGUACUUAGUGCUUAUUUAAAAACUCAACUAGCUUGCCAAAAGAGAGCUGGUGCAUAUUUCUCAAGAUACUGAAAACACAAACAGGACAAGACUUUAUUAUUUUUUUUAACGGUUGACUUUCUUUGUGUCCUUUUUGUUUAAUGUUAAUUCUGUUCAUUGUUUAUCACUGGUUUGGACUGGGCCGUUGCUCUCUCCACCAAAAAAAAAAUCGGACGUGUCUCGGUGUUAACAGAACCAACGAGAGAUGUGAACCGCAGACGUGCGAGCAGACAGUCCUGUAGUUCAUGCGAAGCAGUGUUCACGCAGAGCAAAGAUGGACAGAUCGGAAUAUUGAUAGACAUUGUGCCUUGAAUUUGGAAAAAAGAAAUAAAAACUUAAGUUUUUCCAUAAAGUUUGGUUUUGUUUCCUGAGAAGACGUAACAAGAGGGGGAAGUUCUUUUAGUUUUAUUUUUUAUUUAAAAUUUGGUUUGAUGGAUGGAACAGAAGGGGAGUUAUCUAGAAUCAGAAAAUGACUGACCAGUGUAAAAGAGUGGGAAGGGGUAAACCAAGUCUGGUGCCAAAUACAAAAUCCUAACGGCGCUCGUCCUCAUUCCGUGUAUAAUGGGGGCGGGGGGCAGAGCGUGCAGACCCGUUAGUGCGCACGAGUGAAGUUAUUUGGCAACGAUAAAACUAAACCACGAGGGUUGACGUAACAAAGCAAAGUGCUGAGGGGAUGUUGUGAUCCCCCUCUUGCCUAUAGAUCUUUCGACGGUCCAGGGCUGAGUCCAGACAGGCACACUUGAACUGUAGAUUUAAAUUUACAAAGAAAACUACACAGUGCCUCUUUCUCUGUGUCAGAGGGGCGGCGGCAACUUCAGCCUCCGCUGAUUUCAACCACUGCAGUGGACGGCUCCGGAAGCACCGGGGGGGCUUCUAAUAGGAGGGCGUGGAGGGCCGAGAGACUGCAGACUGUGGGACUGGGAGGAGAGCCACAUGGCACACAGUUACACAUACACACACAGAGCACCAGGAGGCGCACAGAUCAAUGCGGUUUGUGGGAGAGAAAAAAAGAAGUAAGAUGUCUGUCCGUAGAGGGCAGUAGAGUUGGGUUGAAGGGACUGGAAACCUCAGUGGCUCUGCUCAUGUUGUUACUGUUGUCCUGGUUACAGCUCUCCGUUCUUACUUUUUUUGUUGCUAUUUCCACAUCUUUAGAAAAAUCUGAAAUAAAACAUUGAAGUGAAAUCAACCUCUCCUGUGGAAAUGAGCUCUGAUUUCUUUGUCUUGUGAGUUUGCAGUCUAUUUUUCUACCUUGCAUGGCAUUUAGUUACUGAGUGGUGCCUGUCCAGUGCAUGAGGAAAGGAUAUUAAUCCUUUUUUUUUUUUUUUUUUUUUUAAGUCAUUGUUUAACAAGCUAGAAUUGCUGCUAAUCUACCCACUGAAUGUCCAACUAAUGUAGAAACUCUGCCUUGGGAGGAGAACUUUGUGACUGAAUCAACUUUUUUCUUUUUUUACACCCUUGGGUCCAUCUUUGAUUCUUAUUCAGUAGAUGCUAGUCGGGGAAAGAACUCGUCCCUUUGCUCAUGACUCUCGCAAAGUAUUACACACCCAAGGGCAACAUUGUGCAUGUCAAGCAAGCAUCCUCAUGACCAAAGGUUUGGAGAGACACCUGACGGGGUAUGCAGUUGGUUGAUUUGAGACCACCUCUUCCCUCACUCCUCCAUGCUGCUGUUGUAGAUUUCUGCCCAACCAUUUUGUUUUUAGAGAAAGAAUGAGCAUUCAAGUGUUUGGACCUUGUUUCAGUUGCAUGUAUGAGUGGAUGUGUAUUUGCCUUACCUCAUUCUGUUGACUGCUGUAUUCUCCAAUGUAUCUGUAAUCCCCACGUUGUUUUGACAGAGUGCCUGCUGUGUGUGUGUGUGUGUGUGUGUUUGUGGAUGCUAGGUGUACUGUUGACUCCUCACUGUCAGAUUUGUCUCUGGUUUUCUCACUCAUGUUCUGAUGGCAAUAAAGGACUUUUCAUUGUU